AUGGCGGGUAGUUCGAGCAAUAACGACCUGCUUCUUGAUCUAGACGAUCACGGUCGUAAUUAUGGCAAUCCAGGUCGGCCAGCAAUCGACACAAAUGUUGAAUAUCAGUCGCGACCUUCGGUCUCGUAUGAUGAUUUUGUAAAUGGGAAUACGGCGGGAUCUUCGGCGGUGUACUCGCAAUCCGUUGCUAGUCAGCUGAGUCCUGCUACAAGAACAUAUAGCCAGACCAGGGAGUUGGGUCACUAUCAGCCUUACUAUGAUGAAGCCGAUGAUUUGGGUCAUGAUAGUGGGAGCCGUCCGGCAAGUGGAUAUCAAUAUGCGAGUGCGACUGACGACCAUAGUGAUGUCGGGGGUGCAAAUCGGCAGAGCGCGUACGGAGGAGUGGUCGGAAGGGUUAAGAGCGCCUUUGGAAUGAACCAGGAGUAUAGUGAGAUGGAUCUGCCGUUAACGGAGGCUACGCCUAUUGGCAGUUCGCCAGCUCCGGGUGGAGCUCCAAGUACAAGAAAGAGACGGAAUAGCGGAAGCAAGUUUACAUUUGGGUUUGGGGGGAAGAAAGUAGAUCCAUCGACACUCGGGCCCAGGGUUAUUCAUCUCAAUAAUCCUCCUGCAAAUGCAGUCAACAAAUAUGUCGACAACCACGUUUCAACUGCAAAGUACAAUAUUGCUACGUUUAUUCCAAAGUUUCUUUACGAACAGUUUAGCAAGUAUGCAAACUUGUUCUUCUUAUUCACUGCCGGAUUACAGCAAAUUCCAAACAUUUCCCCAACAAAUAGAUAUACGACUAUUGGGCCACUGAUUGUUGUGCUUAUAGUAUCAGCGGGAAAGGAGCUGAUUGAAGAUUGGAAACGAACGGCGUUUGAAACCCAGCGCUGGAUCAACGUUCGUGUGGGAGAUAUCGUUCGAGUGGAGUCUGAAGAGCCAUUCCCAGCAGAUUUAGUACUCAUGGCCUCCUCCGAGCCUGAAGGAUUGUGUUAUAUCGAAACUGCCAAUCUCGACGGUGAAACUAACUUGAAAAUUAAACAAGCAAUCCCGGAAACUGCUGGUUUUGUGUCUCCGGGCGAUUUGAGUAGACUGUCAGGAAGAAUCAGGUCUGAACAACCUAAUUCUAGUUUAUACACCUAUGAAGCAACACUCACCAUUGACGUUGGAGGUGGUGAGAAGGAACUCCCGUUAAGUCCUGAACAAUUGCUGCUCAGAGGAGCUACAUUGAGAAACACACCGUGGGUUCAUGGGGUUGUUGUGUUUACGGGUCAUGAAACGAAGCUUAUGAGGAACGCGACUGCUACGCCAAUUAAGAGAACGGCUGUGGAGAGAACCUUAAACGUUCAGAUCAUUAUGCUGGUUUCUAUUCUUUUGAUACUUUCUUUAGUUUCUUCUACUGGUGAUGUUAUCAAACAGUCAACUGCGAGCUCAACAAUGUCUUAUCUAUAUCUUGAAAACAACAACAGAGUAAAACAAUUCUUCGCCGAUAUCCUCACGUAUUGGGUCCUAUACUCCAAUUUAGUCCCCAUCAGUUUGUUCGUGACUGUUGAAGUCGUCAAAUACUAUCAUGCCUUCCUGAUCAACUCCGACCUCGACAUCUACUACGCUGAAACCGACACCCCCGCUGUAUGCCGCACCUCGAGUUUAGUUGAAGAACUUGGCCAAAUCGAAUACAUCUUCUCUGACAAAACUGGAACCCUUACUUGCAAUAUGAUGGAAUUCAAGCAAUGUUCAAUCGGGGGUAUCUGUUAUGCUGACGAGGUCCCGGAAGACCGUCGUGCUACAGUUCAAGACGGCGUUGAAGUUGGAAUUCAUGAUUUUGCUAGGCUUGCUGAGAAUCUAAAGACUCAUUCGAGUCGUGAAGUAAUGCAUCAUUUUCUCACACUCCUUGCAACUUGCCACACUGUCAUUCCGGAGAGAAAGGAAGAUAAGCCCAACGAAAUCAAGUAUCAGGCCGCGUCUCCCGACGAAGGUGCAUUGGUUGAGGGCGCUGUUCAGCUAGGAUAUCGGUUCAUUGCACGAAAGCCCCGUUCUGUUGCGAUCAUGGUCGGCGGCAAGGAAUACGAGUAUGAGAUGCUUAAUAUCUGCGAGUUCAACUCUACCCGGAAGCGCAUGUCAACGGUUCUUCGUUGCCCUGAUGGAAAGAUUCGGAUCUACUGCAAAGGUGCUGAUACGGUCAUCAUGGAAAGGCUGCACAAGGACAACCCAAUGGUUGAGGCUACACUCCAACAUCUUGAGGAUUAUGCUACUGAAGGUCUUAGAACACUUUGUUUGGCAAUGAGGGAAAUUCCAGAUGAAGAAUAUCGCCAAUGGAGCGCAAUCUACGAUAAAGCUGCCACAACAAUCAACAAUCGAGGAGAGGAACUUGAUAAAGCUGCGGAGCUGAUUGAAAAAGACCUUUACCUAUUAGGUGCUACGGCUAUUGAGGAUAAGUUACAGGAUGGUGUACCUGAUACUAUUCAUACCCUUCAGACCGCUGGAAUUAAAAUUUGGGUCUUGACUGGUGACCGACAGGAAACUGCUAUCAAUAUUGGAAUGAGUUGUAAGCUUAUCAGCGAGGAUAUGACAUUGAUAAUCGUCAAUGAGGACAACAUGCAGGACACGCGAGACUCUUUGACGAAGAAGCUAAAUGCUGUUAAAUCGCAAAAGGAUGCCGGCGGUGAGCUAGAAGCGUUGGCACUAGUUAUCGAUGGUCGCUCUCUCACUUUUGCACUUGAACGGGAACUUGAAAAGGUUUUUCUCGAUUUGGCGGUUAUGUGCAAGGCUGUCAUCUGUUGUCGUGUGUCCCCUCUCCAAAAGGCUCUUGUUGUUAAGCUCGUAAAACGUCAUUUGAAGGCUAUCCUGCUUGCAAUCGGCGAUGGCGCAAAUGACGUCUCCAUGAUCCAGGCGGCCCAUGUUGGUGUUGGUAUCAGUGGUGUAGAAGGUCUUCAAGCAGCUCGUAGCGCAGAUGUUGCAAUUGGUCAAUUUAGGUUCCUAAGGAAACUGUUACUUGUUCAUGGAGCUUGGAGUUACCAGAGGAUUAGUAAAGUUAUCUUGUAUUCUUUCUAUAAGAAUAUCACGCUUUACAUGACACAAUUUUGGUUUUCGUUUCAAAACGCAUUUUCUGGACAGGUUAUCUACGAGUCGUGGACUUUAUCUUUCUAUAACGUGUUUUUCACAGUGUUACCGCCAUUGGUAAUGGGUAUCUUCGAUCAAUUCAUAAGUGCUAGAUUAUUGGAUCGGUACCCGCAGUUGUAUCAACUUGGGCAGAAAGGACAAUUUUUCAAAACAAGCAGCUUCUGGGCUUGGUUGGUCAACGGUUUCUAUCAUUCACUUAUCCUCUACAUCUUCUCUGAAUUGAUCUUCCUCUACGAUCUUCCUAUGGGUGAUGGCCAGACUGCUGGGCAUUGGCUUUGGGGUACGGCAUUAUACACUGCAGUUCUUGCAACCGUGCUCGGAAAAGCUGCUCUAGUCACAAAUCUCUGGACAAAAUAUACCGUGAUGGCGAUUCCUGGGUCUAUGCUCAUUUGGAUGGGCUUCAUGCCCGCCUAUGCGACAGUCGCCCCAAUGCUUGGUUUCUCAACAGAGUAUCAAGGUAUUCUGGCAAAGCUAAUUACAUCCCCGGUCUUCUGGGCUAUGGUUAUUAUUCUUCCGGCCCUGUGUUUAACUAGGGAUUUCGCCUGGAAAUAUGCAAAACGGAUGUACUAUCCACAAACAUACCACCAUAUCCAAGAGAUUCAGAAAUACAACAUCCAAGAUUACAGACCGCGUAUGGAACAGUUCCAAAAGGCUAUCCGCAAAGUACGACAAGUACAACGGAUGCGAAAACAGCGCGGAUAUGCGUUCUCACAGGCCGACGAAGGUCAAUCAAGGCUAAUUCAGGCAUACGAUACCACGAAGGAAAGAGGAAAAUACGGAGAGAUGAAGAGCGUGAGGCCAGAGGAUCGGCCGCUCCGCUAG